AUGGCUAUCAAAUACACGCACCCCUUAGACCCAGCAACAGCUGGUGAGCUACAGCUUGCUGUAAAUAUCAUCAAGAAUGCCUACCAGGACAUCACUCUCCACUUCAAAGCCGCGGGCUUAGAGGAGCCACCAAAGAAGCUCAUGAUAGAGUACCUGGCAGCGGAACAUGCUGGCCUCGAGAUGCCGACUGUUCCCAGAGCUAUCUUCCUGAUGUGGUACAUCAAACACACACCCCGUCUCUUCGAAGCCAUUGUCGAUGUCAACACUCAGGCCAUCCUUCACCACAAGGAGCUUCCCCGCGAUUUCCAUGGUCCUUGUGACCGCACAGAGCUAAAUCAAGCAGCGGAGGUUGUCCUCGCUGAUGAGGGCGUGAAGAAGGAAAUUGCUCGCCUCCAAAUCGGCAACAACACUGUGGUCUUAGAUCCCUGGGACUAUGGCGUAGACGGGAAGGAGACACAGGAGAGGCAUACCCAGGUCUUCAUGUACAUGCGAAACCCAAAGAACAACAGCCCGGAUUCUAAUCAUUAUUCCUUUCCGCUAGAUUUCAUGGUUAUUGUCGACCUUGUUGCCAUGAAAGUCAAGCGUAUUGUGCGGCUGCCACUAGGUGCAGACCAUUCAACAACCGAAGUUGGUUCUGCCGUGCCGAUGCAACAAACCGAUCCUGUUGAGCCGGAGUAUGACCACAAUCUUACAAAAGCUGCUACACGUACUACAACCAAGCCGUACAAUGUUGUUCAGCCCGAUGGCCCCUCGUUCAAAGUCGAAGGGCAUCUAGUCGAGUGGGAGAAACAUCGUUUCCGUGUUGGUUUCAACUGGCGAGAGGGAAUGACUUUACAUGAUCUUUCGUUUGAUGGCAAGAGUAAUUUCUACCGCUUAUCGCUCUCCGAAAUGUUCGUCCCCUAUGGUGACCCGCGGGACCCCAUUCAUCGCAAGGGCGCUUUCGACCUUGGAAACGUUGGCGCUGGUGUCACCGCAAAUAAUCUUCAGCUUGGAUGUGACUGCUUGGGCUCGAUAAAGUACAUAGACGGUUGCGUUAUCAGUGCUGAUGGAACUCCAGCGUUGCGGCCAAAUGCCAUCUGUAUUCAUGAACAGGACAAUGGUAUUCAAUGGAAACAUACCAACCAUCGCACGGGAAAGGCCGUUGUGGUACGAAAGCGAGAAUUGGUUCUGCAACAGAUUAUUACCGUCGCCAACUACGAGUAUAUUUUUGCAUGGAUCUUCGAUCAAUCCGGCUCUAUCACGUUUCAAACUCGAGCCACUGGGAUCCUGUCAACUCAGCCCAUUGCCAAAGGUGUCAAAGUCCCGUGGGGAACUCUGGUCGCCGAUGGAGUUAUGGCUCCUUAUCAUCAACACAUUUUCAAUUUGCGCAUUGAUCCUGCCAUUGGCGGUCACAAGAACAGUCUCACCAUCACGGAUUCUGAAGCGAUGCCAUGGGAUGAAGAACUGAACCCCUAUGGCACCGGUUAUGUUACAAAAGAAGAAAUUGUACGACGCGCUGGCUUCUUCGACAACGAUGUCUCCAAGAAUAGGGCAUUUAAGAUUGUCAACGAGAAUAUCGAGAAUCCAGUCUCGUUGACGUCGAUCGGAUAUAAACUAGUCCCAAUUGCUAGCCAGUUACUCCUAGCUCACCCUGGAACCUUCCACUCUCGCCGCUCAGAAUUUGCUGACCAUCCUAUUUGGGUAACUCCCUAUGAAGACAGGCGGUUAUUUCCCGCGGGUGAUUAUACCAACCAGUCCCUUGGUGGCACCGGAAUUGCUUCCUGGAAAGGAACCACCUGUCAUGCGCCGGUUCGAAACGACGAUAUAGUCAUCUGGCACACAUACGGGUUCACUCACAACCCACGCGUGGAGGACUUCCCUAUCAUGCCAGUUGAGAUUGCAGAAGUUCAUCUGAAACCGUACAACUUCGCUCUUUUUAAUCCAGCUCUCGACGUCCCUCAAAGUACACAAGCAGUAAACAAGAGCACUCUAGUUGUCUCCACUAGUAAUAACAAUGGGAGUGGGGUUGAUGAAGGUGCUAUAGUCGGCGGAGAAGGAAAGGUGUGCAAUGGUUGCGUAGAAUAG